UAUAUUUACCUCUAUAUAUGCAUGGGAGUGCAUGUUCAUCUUCAUCUGUGUCUUUGUGGGGGUGUAGAUGGGAGAGAGUAGUAAUCUACUGAGGGAGGUGCAUGAAAGUGCGUCAUGAAUUGUGUCCUGGGUGUGUGAUGGCUCGUCUUUACAUAACAAUAUAUGAAGCAGUUCACUAUUCAUGCAACUGGAAUUAAACCAUCGAGAGCUAACUAUAAGAAACCGACCAGACUGAGUCUCUCCUACAAUCAUAAUUACUUAAACAAGGGAAUGGUUUCACAAUACAAAAACAUGUCUUACAGUACUUGGCAUUGUUAGGUCAGAUGAUCUGAAUUAAUUCAGCAUUUUAUGAAAUCUAGAUAUAUCCUACUGUGGCUCAGUUAUUAGCAUCAGGUUUGGUAAUACUUGUUUUUGAUUGAUUAGGGCAUCAGAUGUUUUCAUAUUUGAUGAUGUAUUUGAUGUAUCUCCUACUCAAUUCACCCCUUUUCCAAUUUGUCACCAUUUCAUACCCACAAGUCACCAUAAGUCCCAUUUUCUCUGCCAUUUUUACCUUGCUGUUUAGUGAUACCUAAAAUAUUUUGGGUGCAAAAUGGGACCAUCUACCACUGGCAAUUCCAUAGAGUCAACAUCAGUUGUUAUCUAGAAAGGGGAUGUGAGGUACCCAUAAAGACAACUUAUUUAAAUAGAUUUUCUUAAAUCUACCCAUUCCCCUCUGGAACCUAAUUAAAACCUGACAAAAAAUUGGAAAACUUGAUUGCUUUUUUUUAUAUAUAUAUCCUGAUCUACAUUUGGGCCAGCUGAUGCUGUGGAAAUAGAGUAUAAAAUGAGACACCUGAUCAAUCUAAAAUUGCUCUAACAGAAUCACAUGCUGGAAUCACAUGAACACAUUUUAGUGUAGGAAAUGUUCCUCUGGUGCAUAAAAAUCUGUGCAAGUCCAGCAGAAACUGAUGGAGACAAUGUAUCAUAUAAAAUUCCUCAAGCAUAAUAAUCAAAUUGUGUUCAAAUGUUCAAUUGUGUGUUUUACUAUGUCAAAAUUAAACAGUAUAUAAACUUAGAUACAUAAGGAGUUUAGAGAUCGGAAAUAAAAACAGGAAGGGACAAAAUGGUAAUGGGUAUUAUUAGGGUUGCAAGUUGGCAAGCUGAUUUUUAAUUGGUUAUUUUUAUUCUGUAUUUGCCCAAGCAUUCACAUUCUUCAGGCUUAUUUGUCUGUUUAUGUCUCUGAAAUGGAGUCAUCCACCUUAUUAUAACGUGGUUAUAGUUUCAUAUCUCUAUGAUGCAUUUAUUAAAGGAAGAAUUUGUCGCAGGACUUCCUGGGAGGUGGGCACACUCACUCUUCCUGUACGUUUUUGAGGCCGUGCUGCAGCAGUCAAAGCCUUUAUGUCGAGUGACCAGAACCAGCUGAAACCGGUUUGAGGCAGACUGAGGGCUGACGGGAACAAUGCCGUCUCUAUGCUACACGAGGAAACGAUAGCCCAGACUGCUUGAUGGCAGCCCCUCACGGCUAAACCACUGGUGGCUACCAGGGCACCACUGCCUGCUGAGUGUCGGAGUGCAGAGUUGCAUGGUGCACGGCGUGGGGAGAAGGGAGAUUUGGGAAGGGACGAGAGCAGGGGGACGGGGCUGGAUGGGAGUCUAUGAAUCUGCUGCUCGGAGCCCUGCCUCACACAUUCACAUACACACACUCAACACAGGAGCAUGAUCUAUGUCUCUGUUUAUAUGUUUGAAUGCUGCUGGUGGUGCGGAGAAUGACUGAAGACGAUCCUUAUCAGGACCACCAGCACACACCACAAGCCUGGAUGUAACCUGACCUUGUAUUCUGGGCCUUUGCCUGUUUGGGAAGAUUUUUUUUUCCAGACAGGGUGGGGUGGAUGCCUCCUGUGGGCUAGCUGUGUUGUGACUGUUUGUUGCAGGAUGGAAGGCAGCAAGGAAAGAAGGUUUUGCUAAGUGGCUGGACAGAACGAAGACCAGAGGGCAACCUACCCAUCAGAUCAAGGGAAGGAACAUGGGGGAUAUGAAGACGCCAGACUUUGAUGACCUACUGGCAGCCUUUAACAUCCCUGACAUGGUUGAUCCUAAAGCUGCUAUUGAAUCUGGCCACCAAGACGACCAAGAUGGACAACUCAGGCCCCAGAGCAACGCGGGGACCGCCAAUGAAGACGAGUCUAGCAACUCUUGUAACACACAUGAUGCUGGUGUUAGCGUAAUUGUAAAAAACAUUCGAAACAUGGAUACUAGUGAACAGCCUAGUACCAAAUGUGAAAAAGAUGAGCAUUUUAAUUCCCAUUCCCUAAUACAUGAUGUUGGCAGUGGACUGUCUAAUGGCUGCUUACCAACAGGACUACCAGCUGUUCAUCACAUCAAGAAUGGAUGGAAAGUUCCCAAAGAUGAUGGAUAUAAAAUUAAUUCUCAGUCUUCUACUCUGAGCCAUUUUAGUCCAAUAGCGAGUGCUGAAGAGUUUGAUGAGGAAAAAAAUGAGGACGUUGAUUCAACUAAUAUGCAAGGAGUUCAAAUCUUCCUUACCCCAACUUCUAAAAUGGAGCACCAGGUUUCAAAAUGUUCUGCUGUCGACUGUGUAUCUAUGCCCAAAACAAAGGCAAACCACAAAUCUGGUCAAAACAGGAAUCAGAGUGUGAAGAACAGUCGUGCCAGAUGUUUGUACAAUCACUCUGAAUCAUCCGUACCAGAAAAAAAACUGGAAGACACUGUUUUAAAACUUCAAAGUCAAGAGUCCAGAGAUGCUGGUGAGUCUCCAGGAUGUGUUGAUUUGUUAGAUAUCUCCCAAGUGAAAGCCAAAUCAUCAACAGAACUGCAUCACUGUACAGCAGUUAAUGCAUCACAAUGCAUCAAAAAUGUAAGCACUGAAGAUGUUUUGGAUUCAUUACCUAAACCUAAGGGGCCUGAAAAGACUAAAGAACACCCCAACAUACGGGAGCAAGAGACAGAAAUCUAUUUCACACAGAGUCUACUUACUCAGGAACCAGACAGUCCCUCUGGUGUCAUCAGUGAGAGCAGCAGCAAAGGUUCCCCUUCUUCAAACACAGACAACACCCCAGUCAUUCCAAAAGUUAGGAUUAAAACAAUCAAGACCUCCUCUGGACAGAUCAAACGCACUGUUACUAGAGUCCCUUCAGAAUUAGAUAUGGAAGACCUAACAAAAGAAAAAAAUAGCUCAGAUCUUAUGACCACCACCAGCACAAUUUUUUCAUCAACAACUAAACCCUCAUUGCCAACAACAGUGGUAGCAACCAGUGGGGGGCAAUCAAUUGAAAUCACCAAACAAAUGACAAUUAAGCCUGUGGCAACAGCUUUCCUGCCAGUAUCUGCAGUCAAAACAGCUGGCUCACAGGUAAUUAACCUAAAGCUGGCUAACAACACUACAGUCAAAGCAACGGUAAUCCCUGCUGCAUCUGUGCAAAGUGCCAGCAGUGCCAUUUUGAAAGCUGCAAAUGCUAUUCAGCAACAGACUGUCGUAGUACCUGCCUCUAGUUUGGCUAAUACUAAAUUUGUGCCAAAGACAGUACAUCUUAGCAACAUAAGCCUUCUUCCUCAGACAGUGUCUCCUGUUGCAUGUGAUCUUCAACAGGUUUUGUCCUCCUCCAAACUGCCUCCAAAUCAACAAUCACAACGUAAUAAACAACAGACUGGUCUCACGGGCCAGACCUGCAAGAAAGUCUCUCGGGUUCAGGUGUUUACAAGCUCUCAAAGCCCUGUAGUAGAUUCUUUCAAUAAGGUACUAAGCAGCCUGAAUCCUCUCCCUGUAUAUGUCCCAAACCUCUCUCCACCAUCCUCAGCCUGUAUUUCUCUACCCUCCAGGGGCUACAAGUGCCUGGAGUGUGGAGACUCAUUUGCUCUUGAGAAGAGUCUGACACAGCACUAUGAACGCCGAAGUGUUCGUAUCGAAGUUACCUGCAACCACUGUGCCAAAAGUUUGGUUUUCUACAACAAAUGCAGCCUUUUGUCUCAUGCCAGAGGUCAUAAGGAUAAAGGGAUGGUCAUGCAGUGCUCACAUCUAAUCCUAAAACCCAUCCCUGCAGAUCAGAUGAUUAGUUCAACAAAAUCACCAGUGCCCCUUACGAUCAAUAGCAACACCUCUAUGUCUCAAGCACAUUCACCUGCAAGUCAAAUCGAAACUAAGAUUGCUUGUGGUAGCCAAACGACAGUGAUUUCAGCUCCAAGCAGUGCUCCCAUUGUGGCAGCCAUGCCUUUGGAGGAUGAUACAUCAAAGCUUGGUCGGCACAACUUGAAAUGUUUGGAGUGCAAUGAAACAUUCCAGGAUGACAGUUCACUGGCCAUGCACUAUCAACAUACACCAGAACCCAACAAUCAGAAAACAUGCACAGUUUGCCAGAUGCUUCUACCGAAUCAGUGCAGCUUUCUGUCACACCAGCGAAUCCACCAGCAUAAGUCCCCUUAUAUUUGCCCCGAGUGCGGUGCUAGUUGUCGCUCUAUCCACUUUCAGUCCCACGUCACAAAGAAUUGCCUGCACUACACUCGCAGAGUCGGCUACCGCUGUAUCCACUGUAGUGUAAUCUUUUCCGAUGUCGCGACUCUCAAGGCUCACAUCCAGAACACGCACUGUGAGGUCUUCUACAAAUGUCCUCUCUGCCCCAUGGCUUUCAAGUCUGCACCAGGAACUCACUCCCAUGCAUACACACAGCAUCCGGGAGCCAAGUCAGGAGAGCCCAAGUUGAUAUAUAAAUGCUCCAUGUGUGAUACAGUGUUCACUCUACAGUCCCUGCUCUGCACACAUUUUGAUCAGCAUGUUCCGAAUUUCAAGGUUUCCAUUUUCAAAUGCCCUGACUGUUCAUUGCACUACGCACAGAAACAGCUCAUGCUGGAUCACAUCAAGACCAUCCAUGGAACCCUGAAGACAAUAGAGGGUCCACCAAACUUGGGUAUCAACCUCCCACUCAGCACAAAGCCCACAAAUUCCAACAGCACCAACAGCAACAUCCCUAAAACUAACAACAAAGAUGGAGCAAAUGCAUUUUCUCACGACAAGGGAGAAAAAAAGUCUUCAUCAUCACCUCUGAAGACAACCAACAGCAACUGUACAGCAGAUCCGAGGAGCGCUGUUGGCUCAGGUUACAUAUGUGGGGAAUGUAACGCUUCUCUCAAGUCCAGGGAGCUCUUUGUGACGCACAUGAGGCGUGAACAUGGCAAGAUACUGAAGAAGCAUCCAUGUCGACAGUGUGAUAAGUCUUUUAGCUCCUCCCACAGUCUUUGCCGACACAACCGGCUAAAACACAAAGGGCUCCGAAAGGUCUACACAUGCCCGCACUGUCCUGCACUGAGUCAACCCUUUACAAAAAGAGUGCUGCUGGAUCAGCACAUUCAGAUGAUCCAUGGCGGAAAACACCCAGCAGGAAGGACAGAAAUGGUUGAAACUCCAUCUGACAAGCAAACGAGCCGAAGCCCCAAGAGAAAGCCAGAUGAAGAAGAGGGGUCUCCAGGCUUGAAUUCCAGGGGUUCCGACUCACAGCCAUUAAAGAGACUCAAAGUUAACAUACUAAAAAAUCACAAGUGUGCCGUUUGCGGCUUUACUACUGAGGACAUUGCUGCAUUCCACAAGCACAUUCCACAGCACAAGUCUGAUGGCUCAUCCCACCAGUGUCAGGAGUGUGGACUCUGCUACACCUCCCCCCGUUCUCUGGCCCGACACCUCUUCAUUGUUCAUCGGCUGAAGGAGCUUAAGGGCCUUGGCCGAUACAAUGGCAGAGGCAGGGAAGAUGAAGACAGUCAACGGGAAAACCAGAUAGAUGUUGUAGAUGAGAACAACGAUGGAACACCAAAUACCAAAUGUAAGGUGUGUGGGAAGACGUUUGACACUGAGGGGCAUCUGAAGACCCACAUGAGGACACAUGGGAUGGCGUUCAUAAGGUCAAAGACACUUAGUGCUGCUCAAAAGUAAAAGUAACCAUUCCAUAGAUUCCCAAAACCUGUGGUACCUCAUUUAUCUGUGGAUAACCUGUAAUUACAUGAUGUUGUAGUGUACAACAAUAUGUAAACAGUAGAAUAUAUGUGCUAGUAAUUGUAAAACACAUCAGUCUCCAUCUGUGUCUUUAAGCAGAUAUAACAAGAACAUUUUUAAACAGAUCUUUUAAAGACAUUUUGUUUAUCUCCACAGUUUUCUUCUCACUACGACAUGAUAAUGUACGAAAUCAUGAGAAUAAUUUACAUAUUCUUGGUAGUCUACUGAGUACUGCUAAUAUCUGAAUGUCUGACAGAAAAAAAAAGUUUUAAAGUACAUGUACAGGACUUUUUUCUUUGUGAGAACCUUUUUUUCAGACAAUGCUUUCAAUUCAUAUAUACAACAAAUGGACUGAAGUUGAACACCCACAGUAAAAAUUCACAAUGCCUAAACAAAAUAAUCCAGAGGACCUUUGAGGGUGAGCAGAUCUUUCCGAAGAAUUAUGGACAAUCAAUUAAAAAUGAACUGCAUUCAACAAAAGUCAGCUAAAAAGCCUGAUGAAUCGAAAAACACUUAAUGUGUUGUUCCAAAAUAACGCUGGGCCAAAUCUAAGAACACUUGUUCAAGCUUGUAAAGUUAUUGUUUUAUUUGUUUUUUUAUUCUCUUAAUGGCAGCUCUGUGAAAUUAAAGAUCACUUAAAUAUAUUUCUACCAAAAUACUUAAAACAUGAUAUAUCAAGCACUUGCCUUUUCGCUGCAUAUAAUAUUGUAUCUUUUCUUUAAAGCACAGUGAAAAUAGGACAUGAAAUUUUAACAUUGCUUAACAUUAUUAUUUAACUGAACUGUGUCUAGCUUCUUUUCCUUUUAUUUGUAUAUUUUUAUAUUCUAACUUGGUGGCUGAUGUUGGAUCAUCAUGAAUGUGCACUGCCUAGAGUAGUGAUAAAAAUGAAUGUAUUCUUGGUAGUGAAGCUAAUUAAUUUAUAGCACACAACUGGUGAAAUAAAACACAAUUUCAAUAGUGUUUUAAAUGGCGUUAUCUAAAUUAAUACUCUGUUUUAUCAAGUCAGGUUUUGUUCUCUACUUUUGAGUGGUCAGAAGGUUCUUGUUGACUAGUGAAACUUAUCAACUAAUCCUCGUCCCUUAUCAUUUAUUUUUUAGUCUAG